CACAGAGCUGCUUCCAACAUGCUGGGCCAGCCAGGACAAUCAACCUCACACGCCCCUUACAAGAGGCAGCCGGUGUAUGGGGCGACCUGCAGCCACAACCUGAGGGCGACUUCGUUUAGGCAUCCUGUGACUGGACACAUCUCCCCUGAAAACAUAGAAUACACACUACAAGACAGGUUAGAGUCCCGCAUGUCCAAGUCGGCGGCCAAUCAGAGAUCUCCCAGCAUGGUCACAGAUUCUGCCAAGGCUGUGACCUCUGCAGCAGUGGACGGCACCUCAGGGUCAAAGAACUCCAGAGGUACGGGGAAAGUGCACAGUUUUGGCAAGAGAGAUCAUGCUAUUAAAAGGAACCUCAACGUCCCGGUGGUGGUGCGAGGCUGGCUCUACAAGCAGGACAGCUCUGGAAUGCGACUGUGGAAACGGAAGUGGUUUGUUUUGUCAGACUACUGCUUGUUUUACUACAAAGACAGCCGCGAGGAGACGGUGCUCGGCAGCAUCCCUCUGCCCAGCUACGUCAUCGCGCCGGUGGAGCCCGACGACCACAUCAACCGGAAAUACGCUUUCAAGGCGAGCCAUACAGGAAUGCGCUCCUACAUUUACAAUAAGAACUCUGUGAUUGGCUCUCAGGCUGAACACUCGGGGAUGCGGACAUAUUUCUUCAGUGCGGACACACAGGAGGACAUGAAUGGCUGGAUCCGGGCCAUGAACCAGGCUGCGCUGAUGCAGCAGAGUCACACUAUAAAGAGGGAGGUGGAGAAGCCAGACAAAGCUACACAGCAGGCAGUCCCACAGACAAACCACAUCCACAUCAACCAGAAUCCCAGGACAGACAGAGAGGAACCUCAGGAUAACGGUAUCAGACUGGCUCAUGGCGAUGAGGGGAGGUACGGAUUAGAGAUCCAGGUGAAGCCCAGCCAGUCAGUCCCGCAGGAACGAGGAGAGAGACUGUCUCCGGAUGCUGCCGUCAAUGGUGCCGCACUCAAGAAUGGACACCAGACUGUAAUCCAAGUGGCUCUCCCGCCAGAGCAAAACGGAAACCUGGUCUACCAGAGGGGCUUUGUUUCUCGGAUGGACACAGAGAAGCACGUUCAGAGGAAGAAUACGCUGGCUCAGGUGGAGCAUUGGGUCAAGGUUCAGAAAGGGGAUCCACCUAAAAGUGCUCCCUCUGCAGAGUAUAACCUCCCUCGACGGACGCCCCCCCUCAAGCCCAAAGCCAGCACGCCCGACGUCACCUAUCAGUCAAUGCCAAAGUCUCCCCGCCUCCCAUCUGGCGGCAGCUCCCCCCCAGCAACGUGCAACCUACCCAGUGACUAUAAGUACGCCCACGACAGGCUCAGCCACUUCCGGAUGUCCACCGACGAGCGGAUGGCCACCAAGGAGGGGAUGGUGUGGCAGCUGUACGAGUGGCAGCAGCGGCAGCAGUUCCGCCACGGCAGCCCCACGGCCCCCAUAUACACCGGCCCCAAUUUCACGGACUCCUCAUCCUUCAGGGUUACCGUGGAGAUGCCACGAUCCAUAUCCGUCCCCCCGUCGCCCUGCGAGGUCCCACCGUCAGUGCCCUCCUUCAAACCCCUGUCUCCUCGCAGGCCGCACACGCCUUCAGACAGGCGCACAGUGCGGCCGCUGGACGAGGCGGCGCCAGGGGACAGCACAAGGUCCAGCUCCCCCGGACACCUCUGCGCCCAUCUUUCCCAGACCUCCCAGAUAGAGAGACGGUCUGUGCCAGCCAUGGGCUACAUCACACACACCGUCAGCGCUCCCAGCCUGCAUGGAAAAACGCCAGAGGAGCUGACUCUGCUCCUCAUUCAGCUGCGGAGGCAUCAGGCCAAGAUGGCUAGCGUGCAUAGCCCCGGCAGUGCGUUCGCUCACCUGCAGCACCACCAGCACAACGGCCUUCUGGGCCCCAGCAUGCAGGCUGAUGAUACUUACAUACAACUGAAGAAGGACCUGGAGUAUCUAGAUCUGAAGGUGGGCCCCAACAAAGUUACUGGACGUGACAGUUUGAAAAAGGAAAGACCAUCAAGGCCAGUGAAAAUAGCAGAAAGUGACGCAGAUGUGAAAUUAAGUCGACUGUGUGAACAAGACAAGAUUUUACAGGAGUUGGAGGAGAGGAUACGCACUUUGAAGGAUGACAAGGACAAGCUGGAGUCUGUGCUGGACGUUUCCCACCAGCAGAUGGAGGAGUACAGAGAUCAGCCGGCUCAUGCUGAGAAAAUCGCCUAUCAGCAGAAAUUGCUACAAGAGGAUGUGGUCCACAUCAGAGCUGAAAUCUCCCAAGUUUCCACAGAGAUGGAGAACGCCUGGAACGAGUACAGUCGGCUGGAGAGAGACGUGGACUGGUUGAAGUCGGCCCUGCAGGGACAGAUGAACCGCGGCGAUCUCUCUCAGCAAGAAAAAGUCCAGAUCAGAAAAGAGCUGUGGAGGAUCGAGGAUGUCAUCGCAGGCCUCAGCACCAGUAAAGCCAACUACAAAGUCACUAUCUCCUCCGUUACGAACCCAGAGAGGAAAUUUGUGCCUUCAGUGUCGGUGUCGUCAGUGCCUUCUGUGUCUGGGAGCCCGUCUGCUAUGGAAAUGAGACUGUCUCAGCAGCAGCACAGUCCCAGCAGCCACACCCCCACCCUUUGCUCCAGUCCCAGACAGCAGCCAUUGCACCACUCCACCAUCAUCAGCGGGAUUAAAUGGAGUGAGGAAGACGUGCCUCCGAGACCUCCUCUACCUCAGCUGUACAGUCCUGACGAGCAUCCUCCUGCCGUGCCUCCGUUGCCCCGAGAGACCACGGUCAUCAGACACACCUCUGUACGUGGCCUCAAACGACAGUCCGACGAACGCAAGAGGGACCGAGAGAUCGGCCAGUUCACAAACGGAGACAGUAGGGUGGAACUGAGGCCUUUCCUGAGUGACCCAGAGCUCAUGGGCGCUGGAGACGGAGCCAGCCACAGCAGUGUUGGAGCAUCGGGGCACGACGGAGGCUAUCAGACGUUACCAAGCAGAGGUGUGGCUGGAUCCUCUCUCAGAGUAAAUCAGUCAUCGAGCAUCACCUCCUACGUGACCCUCCGAAGAACCACCUCAGCCGCCGGCGGGAAGGAGAGACCAAAAAGUGCCUUGGAGCGUCUGUACUCCGGGGACCCGGCGGCGCAGCAGCAGAGAGGGAAGAUGAGCGCCGACGAGCAGCUGGAGAGGAUGAAGAGGCACCAGAAGGCCCUCGUCCGCCAGCGCAAGCGCACCCUGAGUCACGGAGAUCGCCACGCCUCUUCGUCGCCGCGCUCCUCCUCCUCCUCCUCGUCCCGCCCGCUCUCAGCCGACCUGGGAUCAUGGAAGAGAGAGCAGGACUUUGACCUGCAGUUGCUCGAGAGAGCUGUUCAGGGUGAAGAGGCUCAGGGAGUUAGGAGUGUCCAGGGGGAGGAAAGACCUCCCGAGCACAAAGAGAGACCCCGGUCGCACUCUGACGAAUGGCUGACCUUCCGCUCCACCGUCACGACCCCGCCGGCUCACGAGGUCGACCUGGAGCCGCUGGACUACGACGUGGAUCUCAACAAAGAGCUAUCGAAGCCACAGAAAGUGUUGAUCCCCGAGCGCUAUGUGGACUCAGAGCCCGAGGAGCCGCUCAGUCCCCAGGAGGUUGAGGACCGCCAUCGGAAGGUGGAGCGCAUCAAAAACAUCUUGGCAAAGUCCAGCGUCCAAAACCUGGCGCCGGCAGUGGCCGUGGACAAGCCGGAGGUGGGGCUGGUGGCUCUCGACUCAGCGCUGCAGGAGCAGGAGAGGAUCAUCACCAUGUCCUACGCUCUCGCCUCCGAGGCCUCGCUCAAGAGCAAGCUCGUUGCAGCUCAAGCAAUUUCUGGACACUGAGGUGCUAUUCCACGAUCUCAACAAGCCACCGGCGUCUUCGAGAAAAAGGAGAUUUUGUUACAUUUUGGGACAUGAUUUUAUACAGCAAUAGGAA